AGUCACCACGCACCCGAAGUCGCUUUCGGUGCCCCGAGCCGGGCUGUAAGAAACUCUAUCCAAGGAAGGACAACAUGCUCAAGCACUUCAGCAAAAAGCAUACAUGACCAGUCGCACUCUAUCAAAGCUGUCGCCUCCGUUAUAAACGAUCGACUCUCGCGACUCAUGGGAUACUAUUGACCGUUGAGCUCUCAUUCGCGGGCAUGUUUCGAUCGCUACUUUCUGUACAGCUCUUUCUGUGCUGCUAUUCGUUGUACUUAACCGGAUCGUUUUCAUUUUCCGCCGCCGUCAGCUCUGCUACGGACAACUUCGACACCCUCAACUUGGCGUGGGCUCAUAGGUCCAAUGAAGAUAUGCACCAACCCACGGUCAUAUUUCGCAAGCAACCUUCAAAUUCUUAUUCACGCAAAGAAAUACUAAAGUCGUUCCACUAUGAGUCCCCUCCCCACAUUCUCGCCGUCGCCGUCGCCCUAGCUUCCCAGCUCUUCCGCGGCCCACACCCCACCACAAAAAUUCUCACCGCACCAACUCCACCAUCUCCAACCACAAGCAAACAACAUAAUCAUUACAAUUCUCACGCCCUCCAUCAACCAAUCAAAUACCCCCGGACAGAUGGCCGAGCUGGUUAUGGCGCCAGGUUAAGGUUACUCUUAACAUAUAUUCCUGGUCACGAAAGUGGCGUGGGUUCGAGUCCCACUCUGUUCAGCAUUCGUCUGGCUAUAGUCAGAUACCCCAGGUAUUCUUUUUUGGUGAUUUUUUUUGGGUGAGGGAUCGGGUCAUGUGACUACUUUUUUUUGGCCAUAGGUUCACCCUACUUAGUUAUUAUAAUACAUUCGAAGUACACAUAUAUCUUAUAGGAGGGGCCAAGAUGAUAGGGGUAGAGGAGGAGAGAGGACGUGGUGCGGCGACGUGAUAAGGGUGCUCA